AGAUGCGACGAGACGAGCUCGAAGCAAUGCUCAUGCAGUACUCGAAACUCAUUGAGCUCAACUACCUCUCGCCCAUCAACAUGAGUACCGUGCUGUGCCGUCGGUCGGCGCUGCACGCUGCCUUGGGCAACUACGAGGCGUCGCUGCAGGACGCAGAGGUCGCGAUUGGCCUCCAGCCCAAAAUGACCAACGCCCAUUUCCGCAAGGGCGUGGCACUCGCAAGCGUCGGCGCCUUUCCGGAUGCCUGCGUCGCGCUCCGAAGAGGCCUCGAGGUCGACGCCUCCUGCGCCCACUUGCGCCACGCCCUCCAAGUGGCCAUGGACCAUCUGCACCACGCGCCAAAGAUGGGAUGAGCACAUCUAAUAGAUCAAUCCUCGG